AUGUGUAGCCUCUUGAUUUGUUUCAUCUUAACAUUUUCCAUCCCUUCCAUCACAAAUGCUUGCUUCUUUACUCCAGAAUGGAAGCUCUAUAUUAUUAACGGCACUCCGGAUAAUAUCAUUAUGCAUAUUAGAUCAAAAGAUGAUGAUCUCGGGAAACAUAAUGUCCCUUCAAAUGGUUAUUAUGAUUGGUCAUUUUGUGAUAGAUUUGAUGGCACCACAACAUUUGAUGCUGAGUUUUGGUGGGGUCAAACAUAUGAUUGCUUGGAAGUGUUUGCUAAGCUUGCUCGAAGAAAGUGCGAUAGGUUUGGAUUUCGUGUUGAAUAUUGUUAUUGGCUAUUACGACCUGAUGGAUUUUAUAUAUCUCCAUUGAAUGUAUCAUUCCCUGAUCCAUUAUGGGCGUUUAUUAAACCUUAG